ACCCCGCCAUAGUAUAGUCUAGAAUUUUGAAAUUUAUUGAGGUCAUAAAAUAAUCUUUAAUAAUUUCCAUCUUCAACAUCCAAAGUUUGUACAACACACCCUUUUCAUACGCGAAAAUGUCCCUUUACAGCCCCGAUGCUGCUCAGUCUAUGGCGGAUAAAGCGAAAACGGAUAGUCAUUUAAAAGAUUUAAUGAAGGUUGUGGCAAGUGGCGACGCUUCCAGAGCUCAAUUAGAUGAAUUCGACAAACUUAUUAAAGAGCUCAGAAAAGAAAGUGAAAGCGAAAAGGAAAAGGAAAAGGAAAAUGCUCUAUUGCCGAAACCUCAUCCUUAUGCAGGCCAUCCUGCAGCGAUUCCCACACCAGAUAUGCCAUCCAAACUUCUAUCUAUUCCGAAAGGUAAUAUCCCAGCUUAUCAAUUCUUCCUGCACCUACUAAUAAAAAUAUAGAAAUUCGACUAGAGAUAUAUCGAUACCUACUUCUCCCCUCAGGUUUUAUUAGCAUCGAACCAGGACACCCGAAAGGUGAUUGGCGUCAAGAUGACGAGGGGACAUCAGAUGAUUGGACCGACGAAGAUACAAUUUCAUUCGAUGGCGAUAAUUCAGAUAUGGAGAUAGAAUAUGAUGGAUCUAGUAGUAUGGACGGACUGGGAUCUAUAUUGUGGUCAAUGGCGCAACCAGAUGAAGAUGAUGAAUCAAUCGAUGUUGAUCCAGAGUAUCCUUCAAACCCCGAAGCAGAAUCGAUUCUUAAUGAAGCCAGUCAAACAACUCCUGCAGCCGACCCUAUUGAAAUUUUGGACUUAGAAGAUGGAGGAAUAGCUCGAAGAAUAGCAAAUGAACAAGAAAUGUGGGAAACGGGCUCCACGCACACCGACUUUGAUGAAUAUCGCAUGUACCCCGAAAUUUUGCGUGUUAACAAACAAAUACACGAAGAAGCCUCUUCAGUAUUAUUCACCGAAGGCACGGUUGUCGUCAACUCUAACGAUCUAUUCUUUUUAUCAAAUAAAAGUCUGAGGUGGGGAAGCAUAUAUGGAUUUACUCCAUGGAGACACAAUCCCCUCACAUCGACAGCGAAAAGAUUACCCGGUGGCACCAUACAAUACGAUCAACAAGGCUUGGGUGGUUGGAUGGAGCCUCAUAUAUUCGCCAAAUUUCAAAAGGUUCUCUUUGAUUGUGCGUUGGAAGAUGAACAUACCGAAGGCAUUCAGUUCUUUCUCGACGUCGACACCUGGAAACUAGACUCUGAGGAUGUAGCCAAACUCCGCAGCUAUCUAGGAAGCCUGACCUUCGUCAAAGACUUUGUCAAGCUUAUAUCAAAAUCUCAAGCUAUCAAUAAACUCACCGUCAAUCUACUCGUCGAAAUUACAGCCGACACAAGACUAGAUGCCGAAUCUAUUGACGAAGAUAAUGAAGAGGCAGUCGAGGAAAUGGAUCUUAAACAAGACAAAGCAGAUCUUGAAGCUAAUAUUCGAGCUACGGAAUUAUUCAUGGAUGCCAACAUGUUCAAACCUUUCAAACAGUUGAAGAAUGUGAGAAGGUUGGAGUUUCGAUUUGGUUUUGCUGAUUUUGUUCCUGCGGUUGAUUAUGUACCGGCGGAAAAAUAUCAGAAUAUGAUAAAGAAGAUGAAGAAGGUGGUUGAGGGAAACUUUAAAGAACCGGAGGAACCGACGAGAGGAGGUCUUAGAAGUCAGGGGAGUGUUACACUGCAUGAAUCUAUUUAGAGAGUUGUGAUUAAAGGUUUGUGGAUGUAGAGACUUUGUAGAGCUCUGGGUUGGAGUACUAGAUACUUCAUGUUUAUAGUUAGAUACUUGUAAGUAUAUUGUUGUAUUAUUGUAAAAGUAGUAAGUCGAGAUAUGUGUGUCCCGAUAGCACGUUGUGAGGGGGAACUGGAAGAGAAAGCUGAUUAGAACAUAUCGUAAUACGUCACUUAUGAAGAAAACGGGGUUCACAAUGGUUUUGGGGUUGAAGUUAUAUAGGUUUAAAUGUAUAUGUAUAGAAGGUUGAUUAUUGUAGAAAGGAGAAGUAA